GCACAACUUGAGGUUCAGGUAUGUAGAAAUGUUCCCUGCAAGUCAAAACCCAGGGCUGACCAAUUCAUUUGCGAUGUUUUUUUCUAGCUUGCCGAUGAGCUGACAUUGCGUUGCGCAUGCCCAUAAAUGGCCGUCCGUUCCAUAGCCUUGGUUGCUAAGGUUGUUGCUAAGGUUUUUCCUCGUGCUGUUCAUGGUGUCCACUCUUAUAUUUUGGAUUGGAUUUCGGCUAGCAUAUAUACGGAUGUAUUUGAGAAGCUGACAUCUCGAGUAAAGAAUGAGUAAAAGAAGUGACAUCCUACUACUAUAGUUUGUUUACGUAGCCAAUGAAAGUCGGCUGAGAUGCAGCUGACCAAUCAGAACAGAGUGGGCUCAUAGGGAGGGGGGCCUUAAAUAAGAUCCAAUUCUGUGGAAGAGAAGAUCAUUGCUAUAGUUCCUAGGAUCCCUUUUUUUGUGACCCUUGCAACCAAGAUUCAGAAUCUGAAUCAGAAAGAGGUUUAUUAGCUAAGUAUGCAAGCAUACGAGGAACGUGUCAUGAUAUUUGCUUCCACAAAUGCAACAUGGAAGAAUAAAGAAUAAAUCUAGAACAAAAGUAAGGUAAUAAAUAAUGAAAUAAACAAAAUAAUAUUAAAAAAAAAAAACAUGCUGCUUUGCACAAAGCCACAUAAAUUGCAUUCAGCUAUGAAGUGUGAUUUGUUUGCUUUCAUAGGUCUUCAUGGUAACAGGUCAGGACAUCACUGGAAACAGACAUAUUUGCAGAGAUGGGAGUAAAAGAAAGUUGAUAAAAUGUUCUUACUCAUUUGCCUAAACAUAGGACCAAAUAUGCAUCACUGAGGAUUUUUGGGCCAGUUAGGACAGAUAUCCUGCUCUAAGAUGUUUGAUAAACAUGGGUUCCGGACUGUAAUGUUCACCAGUGCUGUCAGACAGUGACAGGAUAAUAUAGUAUCUACUGUAAUCAUCUAUCUUCUUUGGACAUUAUUCAGUUGCACUCUCAUGACUCCACAUAUUGCAUCCGACAGUCACCAGAUGUUUUAGGUUUCUAAUUUUAAAUUGAGCGUGUGCAGAUUGGUGUGGAUGCAGCAUUAACACACCAGGUGGCUGCUUUCUAAUAUCGAGGUUAUGUUUGUUGUUGCUGAACUACUUUCAUCCUGCAAUAUAACACAGCAGGUGAAACACCAUCCGUUUUGCUUUUGCUAUGUUGGGGAAAUUUUACUUUUUCUGUUUUCAGAUUUUUGUUUUCUUGAAAGUCUUUAAAUUCCGAAGGGUAUUUGAAAUGAGAAGUGUCUGAGGACAUUGUUCAUUUGUUCACGGGGGAUAAAAAGAACUUUUCAGUGUUCUGGCUGUCACUUUAAGGGGGGGCAUUUCAGACAAAUUGCCCAGUCCCCCGUGUCUUGCUCAGACAGCUCCAGUGUGUGUGAGUGUGUGUGUGUGUAUGUGAGUGAGAGAUCAGGGGGUAUGAGCCGAGAAUAAAAGCGAGCUUCGUGGAGACAGAGCCAGAAGUGUCCAGUUAUUAGCAUGCUGGUCUGGUCACUGUGGCCCUGUUGCCUUUCUGCUUUAACAGUCAUGCUGUAGGCCUUCUGUGGACUAGCUGCACCACUCAGAAUCCUACAGGAGAAACAUCAACAAAGAUGUAAAUUUAACCACAGAACAUCACGGGAAAACACCUGCAUUUUAAAAGGUUGCUUUGAAAUAACAUUGAGAAGGAAAAGAGCAGCAGGCUUUUAUAGGUUUGAAACGGCACUUUUAUAAAUCUUCAGCUUUGGAAACAGACUUGGCAGAUUUCCUCGCAUCUCUCCUAACUAGGCCGUAUCCUGGCUACUACCGUGGCUUGGUGACCGUCAAAGGAAACAAGACUUUCUUUGAAACAAAAGAAACACUUGUAACUUCCACAUCCAUCAGUCCUCAGCAUUCGUGACCAGCGCAGAGGGAUCCUUGUCCUCCCAGAGAGGGAUUCGCAGGAUCAUAAAAACCACAGCUUUGCCUUCCCUUCGCCUCCGAGAUGCUGAACCUCAACUCGCCAGACGAUAACAGCAACAGGAACUCUCUCCAGGACCCGGUGUCAUUGAAUGUUGGUGGGGAAAUUUACACUACAACCUUGGACACUCUGACACGCUGCCGUGACUCGAUGCUAGGCGCCAUGUUCACCGGACAAAUCCCUGUGCUCAGGGAUAACCAAGGAAAUGUUUUCAUAGACCGAGAUGGUAAAGUGUUCAGGUACAUUCUGAAUUACCUGCGCUCCAGCUCCCUGGACUUACCGGAUGGAUUUUCAGAGCUCGCCCUGCUGAGGAGAGAGGCAGAUUUCUUCCAGAUACGCCCCCUGCUGGAGGAGAUCCGCCGCUGUGAAGCAUCAGUACCACUCAGCUGUAGAGGAGGACCACUAGGAGCCAUGCUUAUCCUUAACGUUGACUCCAAGGUCCGUGUUCUCCACUUUAACUUGCGGCAUGGGCCAGAAAACUAUGAGCUUCGUACAUGCUCUGUACGAGCCUUCACGGUCGACCUCUUUUGUACCUGGAGAGCCUUCCUAGCUCUGCUCUGUGAGCACUUCUCCUACAGAACAUCCCAGGGUAACACCAGCCCUCAUCCAUGCAACCCCAGGCAGAACAGGCUGAAACUGGAGUGGGUGCCGAGGCCCGACGAACUCCCGCAGGACCAAUACGACAAGCAGCGCUAUAGAGGUCUAACCGUCUUUAACCCUGAAGUCACGCAGUCAGAUGACAUCAUGAACGCGCACCGAAGCCAAUGUGAAAUCACCGACAUGCAGGGUUUUGUGGAGGAGCUGCUGAAGGUGUCUCUGGCUGAAGGGUUCAGGGUUGAUCUGGUGACUCCUGACCCAGCGGAAAUUCUUAACUGCACCUCACUUCGGCUUGUCAAGUGCUGAACUUACUAAAAACACCAGAACAUGUCAACUAAAACUACAGAUGUUUGUCUUUAGUCACAACUGAACCCAUUACCUCUAGGACUAGAAUACUUUGAUCAAAUCUUUUAUCGGUCAGGGUUAGGAUUAAUUUUGUAAUAUGGAAAUCAGAAGGAUACAGAUUAUGACUAGGAGGUCAUUAAAAGGCUUUUUUCCUGGGCCCUAUGUCUGUUUUUCUGUCUUAACGUUUACCGAAACUGUUUUAAAUAGUAAAAAUAAUAAAUUGUGUUAAAUAAUAGAUUAUUUUACUGACCCCUUACGCUGUGGACAUAUUAUUUGGUAUAUGCAACAUUGAACGUAACCUUUAGACAUGGAAUCUGAAACAUUGCUAGCUUUGUCUGUCUGUCAAAGUGAUUUUGACAGAUAGUUGAAGCUUUUUGGCUAUCAAACAUAGGUGACUGUUAUGGGAAUGGUCCAUAUUGACUCUGUUCAAACAUUACAUUACAUAUAGAGCUGUAAUGCUAUGACAGAACUACUGGAGAACAACAGUGACUUUUCAAUGAUUUCUUUGGGGAAUGGGAAUGUUCUCCAUGGCUGGAAAGCUUGUGCAGCUUGCCCCAACAUACGUCAUUUUGAGCGAGCCCUCAUUUCCACAAAUCCACAAAGGCCACAUUUAUGAGAAAUAAGGCAGGUCCAGAAUUAUCCUUUAACAACAAUUUUCUGCCAGGUAUAACUGUUGUGCACUGUAGCUAAUAGAACUAACUGCGAACAUUAGCUUAGUAAUAUAUGACCUGUUUCAAUUAAAAAAUAAAAGAGGGAAUAUUCCAAAUUACACCUUUACCCCUCAAUAUGGAAAAUUUUACAAAAAUAACACAGUAUAUGUCAAAACACAAAAUGCUGCCAGUAAAGUUAAACUAAAUGACCAAAUGACAUAGGUUAGAUUAGCAUAAUCAGAUAUUUGAUGGUGCAAAAGAUUUUGCACUGCAAAUCAUUUGCUAGAUUUGUGUUACUGGAAAAAGAUUAUUUAGCCUUUCUUCAACUUGCUUAAUGGACAGGUUCACAAUUUUUCAAGUGUGUCUUAAACA